CAAAAUCGGCCAAAAAUCAUUAAUUUUGGUUGUCCAGCAAGUCGUUGGGUUUGCUCUCUUUCCUCUGUAUUUCUUUCAAUUUGCUCUUCUUUGCGUCCGCUAUCAUUGCCGUUCAUUAACUGGUUGUUCGAUGUCUUUUCGCCGCGUUUGUAUCGCCAAAGUUCAAUUACAAAUUUAAAUGGUAUUUUGGUAAAGGCAAAAAUUUGGAACUUGUGAAUGCUUCGAGUAGGUUUUUUGUCUUCUUUUGCAGGUGUAGUUUUUGUUUUUAUUGUUAUUAUUUUGUAUGGUAGUUCAAGUGUUAAAUGCCGCACGUCAAUUGUUGCAUCGCGCAUCAGUUCGAAAACAUAUAAAUUAAAGUUGUAGCACUUGGUUUGGCAUCAGUUCGUGACUUGCUCUUCCCUACAAAGCUUCCUUGCAAGCUACCGACUGCUGGCUUCCGGUGGAUAACAAAGCAACAAAUUAGUUGGAAUACUUGGUUUUUUGUUUUUUUUUGCAAAAUUAAUUUAAGGACAUACGAAGUUUAUUUUGCGCCUUUUUUUGUGCCAUAAUGCGUGCCUUUGUGUUAGUGAGCUGCUUAUUGGCGAGCGCGUUAGCGCGUCCUGAGGCUGGUUACACCUACAAUGGAUUACUACAAAACCACGCCUCCCAACCGCUCAUCCAUCAGCAACUGCCUUCCGAUCAGAGCUUCGCCAAUUUUGCCGCACCUCCACCUACCACCUAUGGCACGCCGCCCUCCUCCGAACCCUCGCUGAAUAGCCUCGAACAACCUGCUCUGCCAGCUGGAAACGCCGAUGCCAGCCAACACCAAAUUCAACCUCUGCCACUCGAUCAACAAGACUCGUACAAUGCUGCCUACCUGGACUCGAGCAUUCCCCAGAAUGGCGGCUAUCCAUAUGCGCCACAACCCACCACCGUACAUAAGCACGUCUAUGUUCAUGUGCCACCCAAGGACUUCGAGGAAGAGGAUGUGAUUCAGACACGUGUACAUCAUGCACCUGCCGCUAAGCAAAAACACUAUAAAAUUGUCUUCAUUAAGGCACCUGCGCCACCAGCCAUACGUCCACCAGUUGUCCCACCACCACCACAAAACGAAGAGAAGACUCUCAUCUAUGUACUGCACAAGAAACCCGAAGCCAACACGGAUAUUGUUAUUCCCACUGCUGCGCCGACUAAGCCAUCCAAACCCGAGGUGUACUUCAUCAAAUAUAAGACCAAGAAGGAUGAAGCACCUGUCUAUGGACCACCACCACAACAACAACAACAACAACAAGGUGAAAAUGGCAACGGAAAUAACAACUUCAUCGCUACCGAUAUGGAUCCACGUAAUGCUGAUGUGCCUGCCAGCGAGUAUAGCGCGCCUGCAGCUGAUGAAUUUGCAGCGGAUCUUACUGCGCCGCUCACCACCAUUCAACCUGCGUUGCAGCCAGAGCAGCCACAAUCGCUCGAACAACAGCCAAAAUUUGCGAACGAUUUGCCAACAGAUGCUUUUGAGUUGCCGACCACGUUGCCUUUUGCUGCUGGCGAACAGCCACAGCCACAGCCCACUGCUCAAGCGCCCAGCAAUCAGUAUUUGGCACCAGAAAGCAUGGCGCCCAUAGUGGUGGAAGAGCCAACGCAUUUGCCAUCGGCCCAAUAUGGACCACCCAGCCAUCGCUUCUUCUUGAAGAAGAAGUAAAAGAAGUGCACUCUAACAAUAAGUAAAAUUAUACGUAUUUAUGUAGUCAAAUAGUCAUCGACAACGAAGAUGAAACUGAAAGAGGAUGGUGAUGAAUUUAGAAGAUGUUCUAAGCACAUCCUUCCUACCGACUUAGAAACACGUACAUACAUAUACGCCUCAGCAUACAGCACAUGUUAAGCUCUAAAUGCACAAAACAUACCAACACAUAUUCUGCAUACAAACAUUCACAAGCAAUCAAAUAAUAUUUUGUUUUGUUUUACGUUUUUUAAUUAAUUUUUA